GAGCAGGCCCACGGUCUUCGUCCUCAAUCUUGAUGAAAACGAGAUAUAUCAAGGGCUCUUUGAUGCGAUCUACUCUGAUCUGAUCGAAUCACUCGCCUCGAAAUACCGAGUCCAGCGUGCACGCAAGCAAGAUGCCGCCUAACGAUACUUUGCGAACUCUGAGAACCGUCCCAUCGCUGUUCUGGCGGUCGACCCCGGGGUUCUGAAAAGGGCGAACUCAUCGGUCUUUGACCAACUGAAGGCGUACGUCUCAAAAGGCGGUGUUGCAUUGUUCAUGGCGUCUUUCAGCAGCUUCGUUACGCUCGAUGAAAUGAACAACUUUUGGGGGAAAUGGGAGCUUGGCUGGAAGAGGGGUGACUAUCUCCGCACUGACGUACAUCUCAAUAGGGGUAUGGCAUCCAUUUCCCUGGCGAACUUGCCUGGCUCCUACAGCCAGAAGAGUCUCUUCUUGAAAAACGUCGUUCCAGGGGACUCCAUGUACAAACCCGGGGCUGACUCCCAACUCCAGUCUCGUGUCUUGCCACCGGAACCCGUUCGCCAGGGGCAGGCUGCGGUUGCUUUCACCAAGGUCUCCCAGGGUUGGGUGGGAUACAUCGGGGAUGUCAAUAACGAGGACGGGUCACAGAAGGUGGUUAUGGAGGUGUGCAGGUUCGCGGCGGACAGGGCAGGCUCGAUGUAGUGCAUCUACAGACGGACUGAACCGCUAAAAGCACGUAUCCCAGGUCAGCGUUAUCAGAUGAAUGAAGCUGCACGUAUUGCGAAUCGGAACAAACAAGAAGCAUG